AUGGCCUGUACACAGUACGUCCGAGCCACCUUUGCUCCGGACUCAUCUAACGUGAAUUCUAUACCGGAAGUCGAAGUACGGGUCUCCCCAACUGCUACGUCGCGCUUUGACACGAUCCGUAACACCGUGCAUGACUACCUCACCUCCUCCCUCACGCAUAUCUACUUACCUUCUACCAUCCAAGGAUGGGAGGAUGUGCCCCUCCUUGCAUCUUCCGUGACCCGCAUUGCUGCCUCAGAGUCUCCGUGUCCUUCACCAUCUCUGCCCAUAGAAGAGACAUCCCUGCAAAUUCACGUCUAUCAGCCGUCCGAUGCCGAUGCUUUCGAGGAGUUCGCUAGUGGAAGUAGGGGUGACGGUGAAGAAGUCAUGGCGGCUAGUGUAUGCGAGCUACCAAGCAUGGCGUGGGAAGGCCUGUGGGAGAGCCUGAUAUAUACUGACGACAUCAAGUCCAAGCUGCUCGACUACAUCUAUGCGACAGUCGUCUUCAGUGACGCCGAUGUCGACUUCAACGUUGUCUCAUGGAACAGAGUGGUUCUGCUACACGGUCCCCCAGGUACCGGCAAAACAUCCCUUUGCCGCGCCCUCGCACAAAAGCUCUCAAUCCGCUUAUCGCAUAGAUACCCGCACUCACGUUUACUCGAAAUCAACUCUCAUUCACUCUUCUCGCGCUGGUUCUCAGAGUCUGGCAAGCUCGUACAGAGACUAUUUAGCAGUGUGAUGGAGAUGGUUGAAGAUGAGGAUGCCUUCGUCGUCGUGCUGAUUGACGAAGUAGAAUCUUUGACAGCAGCCCGAGCGGGUGCAAUGGCUGGAACAGAACCGUCCGAUGCUCUUCGUGUCGUCAAUGCUUUGCUCACACAGUUGGACAAGCUCAAGCACAAGAAGAAUGUCCUCGUCAUGUCAACCAGUAAUUUAGCGAAGGCAAUCGACUCGGCAUUUGUUGACCGGGCAGACAUCAUCCAAUACGUCGACCUUCCACCUAGAGAGGCAAUCUACGAGAUCCUUAGAACAUGCUUGGUGGAAUUGACCCGAAAGCAUAUCGUGUCAAACAUCGAUGUCCCGAGCUUGGCACAAGCACAGCUCUAUGAACGGACACAUCUUUCACAAAGCAGUGGGGCCUUCCAAACAUCUGAUCCCAGAGAGCGAUCACGAAAUGUAGCACUACGGCUUCUCGCUUUGUCGGAACGAUGUCGGAUCCAGGGUAUGUCAGGUCGCUCUCUCAGACGCCUUCCGGUGCUCGCGCAUGCGCGGUAUAUCGGGGCUCUCCCCAUGCUAGCUCCGAAACGUCCAGACCCUCAGGCGAACGGAGCUUCGUCUAAGAUAAAGAAAGGCUUAGCGGACGAACGCCAGGCUACAAGCACAGAGGUUGAGGUCUGGCUGGAUGCGAUGGAGCGUGUCAUCGAAACACAGGGUGCAGAGAAGGAUCGGUUUCAUCAUUGA